AUGGCUCAGGGCCAAGGUAGCAGCCAGUUUCAUCACUUUGCAGGAAGUGGUGAUGUCGGCCCCCAAGGCCUCUACAACGCCGCGCAGGCGUAUACGGAUGGACAUUUGCAGGCCUCGUUUCACUACGAGCCGAAUGCUCUACACGACGCCAUAAACUUUGAGGAUGACUCUGGCGUAUUCGACAACAGCUCGUUCUUCGGGACUGAUCAGACUGCCUUUGGAUUCCAAUCUCAACAACAACAAUCACAACCACAGCAGUCACAUCAACCCCAACAACACCCAUCACAUCAGCCAGUCAAUGAUGCGCGGAACUCCGGCUAUAAUACUUUCAGCUCACACACAGGCAGCCACAACGAUCCAUACAUGUCGUCAACUGCUCACACAGGUUAUGUUGAGCCUUUUCAGGGUACACAGCUGUAUCAUGGACAAAACCAUCCUGGACAGAAUCGGCAGAUAAAUCAGCAUAUGCCAUCAGGGAGCUUUCAGGUGCCCGGUCAACAGGAGAGCCAUUACAUCGUACCUGGGGGUCAGGAUUUCCGAACACAUACGCAGUCUCCUGUGCAUCCUCAACAGCAGCAACAGCACCAGAUUCAGGCGCCACAACGGCAACAGCAAGCGCAACGGCAACCCGCUGAGCUGCAACAGCCGCAUCACCAGUCGCACAUACAGGCACAACCUCAUCCUCAACUGCAGUCAUUACAACAACAACAACAACAGCAACAGCAACAGCAACAGGCAGCUCAGAGGCAGCAAUUCCAUGCCCAGCAGCAGCAACAACACCCGCAGCAGCAGAGCCAUGUGCAGAUUCAGCAGAAUCACAUUCAACAACAGCGGCAACAGCAACAACAGCAUCAGCAUCAACUUCAACUCCAGCACCAGCACCAGCACCAACACCAACACCAACACCAACAUCAGCACCAGCCGCCGUCCAACAGCCUGCAGAACUCGGGUGCAGAGCCUUCGCCCUAUAGCUAUGCACAGCACAAUGUCAACGGUCAGCUUGAGCAUGGUCAUGGUACCGCAACCCAGCUUGGGCACAAUAGCCAUGUCCACCCGCACGGUCAUGCCCCCGUUAAUUCCCCUAUUGUGGAUAGCUCUCACCGGGCAAUCUCUGGCCCGACUAUGGGCAACAAGAACAACUUCGUCACGUCGAUGUUCGCUGCUUCAAGUGAUCUGGGACCGCAGCAGCACACUACGACCCAGCCACGGGCCCCUGCUGCGUCUACCAUCCAGCACAACGCAAUAUAUUCACAGUCUUUCGGGACCCCUCAAAAUCAGGCACCCAGUCAUCAAACGAUGCCUUUAGCUUCCGGGUCCGCCAUGCCACAGAACGCAGUUCAUCGCGCAGUUCCAGCAGAGCCGGUCGAUACGCGUCCGAAUCGUUUGCAGCAGACGAAUGUCCAUUCACCAAAUCCUCAUCCUGUCUCGGCUCAGCCUCCAUACUAUCCACACCAACAGCAGCUUCCCGCGUACCUGACAGGGGCAGCUCCUUCAUCACCACCGGUGCCAGUAUCAGCACCUACGGCCGCUCCCGCGCAGACUUCACAGACGUCACAGACGUCACAGGCGCCCCAGCCAAAAUCAAGUGCAAGCAAACUCCCUGCUAACCCGGCUAUACAAGCGCAUCUACCAGAUCGUGAUCCUGCGGUUGCCAACAAGGACCGUCCAAGGAUUGGCUGGACUGGCCUGCCGAGUCUCGUGAUUGGAGGUACUCUGAGUGCACAGACCCUUGCUUUGCCAGAGCCUUUGGUGCUCUGCGACUCGGAUAAGUCCCUUGGUGUGCAGGUCAUGGGACGAGAUGACCUGUUGCCUGCGGAGCUCCUAAGCCAAUUUGUCAAGGUCAACGAGGGGCAAGCCACCGAGGAGAACAUUGAAAGCAGGCUGAAUGGCCUGGACAUGCUCCUGCGGAAGGACUACAAGUUCGGUGAGCAUUGCAUGAACACAACUUAUGGCAGCAGCAACGCGACUGACAGAUUCCUAGGAAUAUCACCUAAUGUUAGGGACGGGCUAAGAAAGCUUGCUCUUGGGGAAGACAUUUCACCUCCCCGGAGUGAAGAGCGACCGUCUGAUGCUGGCGAAGCUGCGGCUUGGGACGCAAUCGGCAUAGUUCACCUCGACAGUGGCAAACGAACGUCCGAUGCCAUCAAACAGGCCGUCAAGAACUUCGGCGACCUCAUCAAGGGUUAUUCGGAAAAGAUCAAGACGCUUAAGCAACAGCUGGAAGCUGCAGCUGACGAUUCCCCCGAAAAGGAAAAAGUGAAAAAGGCAUUGGCGCGUGAGCAAAGACUGCUCUACCGAGCCAUAGAUGCAGCGUAUGAAAAGGGUGACAUGGCCGUGCUUGAGAAUCUUGGUGGGAACCGCCCCCUGACGGGAAACCUGGUCACAUCACUUCGGGAUUGCUUCAACGCGGGAGAUUUUAGUGGACAUUUCCCCAAAGCCAUUCUACGCCUGCUGUCGCUAUUUAUAUCUCUGCCCGAGGAGCUGCUGAUCAGUCGCCUCAAGUUUGACAAGGUCUCCAAGAGAUUUUUAGUCAAGGGUGACGACGAAGUCAAGACACUGGUGGGCGAGAUUCUUGAAACAAUCAAGAAGAACAAAGAGAACGAGGAGAAGGCAUCAAAGAAGGCAGCAACUGCGCCGAUGGCGCCUCUGUCUGUCCCAAAGAUGUCAGCGGAAAUGAAGAAGGUCCCUUCAUCAUCUGGUAUCUUGGGUAAAUCCUUCAAGACUCUUAGAACCCCGUCAGACUCAUCACCUUCCAAACGGCCUAGAGAGGACGAUUCUGAUGGGCCGGUUACGAAGAAGUUGGCUGGUAACCCGACUUCUGGUGGCUCGGAAACGGGCUCUCUGAAGGCUGGUCCCAAAAUGGCCUCAACGACUCCCACGAUUGCUGGAGCUGGAAAGUUGCUUCCUGGAAAGUCCCGCCCGCUUGCCAAGCCAGUAGCGCGACCUGAUUUAUCCAAGUCAGAGUCGACUCGGCCGGACUCAGGCAUCUCUGUGCAAGACGAGGGGCUCAAACAAGAUAUCGCCAAGUUGAAGAAGGCGGUCGCGCCGAAAGCCCAAACAUCAUCUUCUAGCGUAUCCCGGCUUGGGUCUUUGCUCAGUGAGAUUGCCCAGCCAAAGAAGGCGCCUGUACCGGCUGCCAAGAUGGACCUCGAUGAAGAGCAAAGUGAGACGGCCGAAGAGAAAGAGAAACGACUCCGCAAAGAAAAGCGCCGCAAGCUUCGAGUCACAUGGAAGGAGGGUGAGGCGUUGACAGAAGUUCGCCUUUUCCACAAACAUGCUGAGGAGGACGAGGGCAGAGGGAGCAACAUGGUUCGACACGCCAUGGAUGAUAGAUCUGAAGGCAUGAUGUUGAAGCAAGGUCUCAAGAAGGGCCUCGAUGUGGACGACGAAGACGAGGGUCCGGACCGCCCAUGGAGUGAUCCUACCGCCAUCAACUUUAGCUCCUUCCCAGAGGCCAAGCGCAUGGCCAAUUUUGUUAGUCGCGCAGGUGUAAAACCCGCUAGCGACAUGGAAAGGAAGGUUAUGGAAGACCGCAUGAAGGAGGUCACUCAUGCUUUCUACCUUGAUGCGGCCGAUAUUCCGCCAACACCAGCCUCCCCAAAGCCCGCCGACGCGGUGCAAUCCCCACCAGCCGCAGAAAACGCGAUUCCGUUACCGUCCGGCACUGCCAAGCUCGAAGAGAUACACACAAGGUGGCGGGAAGCAGAGCACUUUGGAAUCAAGCAGGCGACCAACAACGCAAUCGUGCGCCUGCACCAGCGGCACGCGGCCAGUAUCGCGCCCCCUCCAGAGGUCCAUCACGUACCUUUGCCUCCGUCCUCCUCAAGCCAAACUUCCACCAUAUCUUCGCUGCCUGACAGUGAGCAGUCUCUUCGUCUGCUGUCGUCAGAUUCUGUUCUGAAAUGGGUCAACGCAGAUCCAUCUGAUCCCGAGUAUCCCAGGACCAAGCGACGAUUCAACCAUCACGAUCUUGCUGUUCAGCAAGCUGUCGACGCUGUCGAGGAGUUGGUGCACAAACUCAAGGGCAAGCCCUUUCCGGCUGUUGAGCCUCCCAGUUAUAUAAGCGAUCCUGAUCGGAUCAAAGAGUGGUGGCAAGGCUACAAUCGCGACAAGGAACGUGCUGCUCAGGCAGCAGAGCAGGAGAGACUGAGGAAAGAAGCCGAGGUCGCGGCGGCGGUCCAGCAGCAGCAGUCUAGUAGCACUACACCCAGCGCAGACGAGCACGCUGCUGCUUGGGCCAGGUACUAUGCGCAGAUUGGCCAAGACCCGGCCCAGAUCCAGGCUGCGAUGCAACAACAACAACAACAAACCUAUGCACAGCAAUACGCUCAAUAUUACCAGCAGCAGCAGCAGCAACAACAACAACAACAACAACAACAACAACAACAACAACAACAACAACAACAACAACAACAGCAGCAGCAGCAGCAGCAGCAGCAGCAGCAGCAACCACAGGUUUCUGUGGCGCCUCCAGCUGCCGUCCCAGCUGCUUCGGAUGCUAAUGCUCAGCUGCAGGCUGUUCUCUCGGCACUGGGUGGUGCUGCACCAGCUGGGGCAGCUCCGGCGCCGCAGUUGAAUACUGCGCAGAUACAAGCACUACUAGGAGGGUCAGCGGUGGCUGGUCCUGCGCAACAAGCUUACAUGCAACAAUGGACGCAAUGGGCUGCCUCCCAGGGCCAGCAGCAACAACAGGUGGACGAGGGCGACCGGAGGGCGUCCAGGGUUAAUAGUAUUGAUGAUCGACAAGGCGGGUAUGAUGGCGGCAGGAGGGACCGAGAGCAUCAAGCAAACACCAAGGACCGGUUCAAUCGCAGAGAGAAACGGCCAGGCAUUAAUCGCGACCUGAUCGGGACGAAGCCUUGCAUGUUCUGGUCAAGUGGGAAGUGCGCAAAGGGUGACAAGUGUACUUUCAGGCAUGACUGA